AUGCGUUCAUCUAUUUCAUAUGUUGUUUUAUUAGCCAUGAUGGUCUUGUUGAUCGUUAUUGCUACAACUGCUUCCUUCACCAAUGCCUCUCAUGAAGCUGUUGUUUUAGAACAAAUUAAUCAAUUGGAAGAUGUUGACAUUUCUGAAUCGAUGGCUGCAACUCUCGGAGCUAAAAAUCCAGCUUCGGUUAAAAUUACAAAACCUAAAACUGCUCAGAAAUGUUCAUCAAUCUGUAGAGAAGCCUGCAGAGAAACCUAUAGAGGAGGAAAGAAGAGUAAAUGUUUGGAUCAUUGUCCUUCAGUUUGUAGUGGAAUUUAA